AUGGUUGUCAAGUUUCUCGACAAGGGAGCCAUGCUGCAGGUGGAUUUGGACACUCUGGGAUUUUAUUCCCAUCUGUUCUUCACCCAGAAGGAGAAUGUCAAUGCAGUGGUGGGGCGGUUGCAUCUGUUGGGUAAACGGAUGCACAAUUACUUGGACGACUGGUUAAUUCCGGCUUCAUCACAGACAGCAUGUCUCAAGGGUAUGGAGCUCGUGAUCGACAUGAUUCUCCGACUGGGAUUUAUUCCCAAUUUGGUCAAGUCGGAAUUGGCGCCGUCGCAGGUAUUCACUUAUCUCGGAGUGUUUUUCAACCUUGUGGAGGCGUCCGUUCAUGCGACGGAUUUAUGCCUUCACAAUUUCAAGACGUUGAAGCAAUGUCUCGUUCUGGAGCAACACAACGUGUUUGUGUUGCUGGUUCCCUACACACUGGCACUGGAGUACAAUACAUUGAGCAUGGACUGGACGGGACUGGAUUUUUAUGCCUUCCCACUGCUGGUUCUGCUCGGCAAGGUUCUAGCCAAGAUCAGACGGCAACCCUGUCGUGUCACGCUCGUAGCCCAGAGUUGGACAGCUGAAGCUUGGUUUGCUCUGCUUGCCGUUGAUACUGGAUCUGCUCAGUCUACUGUUAAUGACUUAGCUGAGUACUUUCUGGCUCUUGUCCAGGAAAGGCAGCUGAAGGUUCAAACAGUUGACCUUCAGCGACAGUUCCACCUGCAUCUGUUGAAGUGCAGUUCAAAGACAGAACCAUUAAAAGGUAGAAAUUUCAACUUACAUCGAACAGAGUGGAUCGAACAGAACUUCAAACUAAUUAACAAAUAUGAUUGUGGAGCUCCCUAUGAAAUGAAAGAACAUAUUAUUUCACCCUCGGUUACAGCCAGAAGAAUACAGAUAACGUGGAAGGAGUCUAGUUUUACACUUAAAGUGGACCUGUUUGGCUGUCCUUCUGAACCACUUGAUGGGAAAAACCCACAGUGUGGAACAAUGUCUUCUUUUUACCAUAUAACAGAAGGUGACAGAAUGUACGAGUGUGUGUACAAAGUUUGUUCUCUGUCUGCGUCUAAGGCAAUAUGUUCUCCAUACCCCCAUUAUUACCAGACAUUGGAUGCAUGUGAUCCCAAAGAUGCCUGCCAUUCCAUUCCUUGUAACAUGGGUGAAGUAUGUGUGCAGUACCAGACCAAUUACAAGUGUUACUGUCUAAAUCCUCCUUGUGGCAUUCAAUCAGGUAUAGAUAUCAUGCUGGAUAAACACAAGAUUAGUCUGUUUGAUACGGUUAGCGUGUCUAUAAAACUCCAUAGUGACAUAGGAUUCAGUUACACUGUAGAAAUAGGUGACUUAAUCUGUAGACCUGACUUUAAAAUACUCACAGACCCUAACAAAAACAAUUUUUUUUGUUCCAAAUUCAUGUAUAAAACUACAAAGGGAGGAAGAUUGAAGGCCAUUGUAAAGAAACAUACGCCAACUAAGACUGAUACGAGUAAAUCUCAUACAUUUAUGGUUACUUUACCAUAUGGCUGCUUGAAGGAUAUUCAGAUCAGUGGUACUUCAAACACCGAUUUCAACAAGCCUGCAUACCGCACAGUGGAAGAUAUUCAGUUCACACUGUCUAAUGAAAGAGGGUGUGGCAGUGACUUUAAAAUAAUGAAAUAUAAAUGGAGUUUCAGCCGCUUCGAAUCAGAGACUUACGACUUCUGUAUUAAUGACGACAGCUUUAAAGAGACAUUUUCUUUAUCCACUGACAAUGGAGUUUUAGUUGUGAAAAAACGAACACUUUUAGAUGGAUAUUUCAAAGUCUGCCUGCAAGUUGAUGGCACCCAUGAGAACAAAACCUACUCUGAAGUCAGUGUUACCUGUGGAUAUUUCAGGAUUAAAUUAGUUCCAUUGGAGUUGGUUAUUAAGCCACCUGGACUGCAUCAGGUUGUUCUAAAUACUCGUUGGGUACGACUUGAUGCUUCAGACAGCAAGGAUCCAAACACUGAUGAUAAUUCAGGUCUCAGUUAUGAGUGGAAGUGUAAGCCAGUAAACUCAUCUCAAAACGUGUGUCAAUUUGGGUCACGACAGAAUAUGUUUCCACACAAUGGACCAAUCCUGGAAAUACCAGAGAACACAUUGCCUGUACAGAAGAUAUUCAACUUCACAUUUACGGUGAGCAAACCACGGAUACCUAGUGGGACAGCAUCAGUGAUCAUCUUCGUCACCAAUGCAACCAAGCCAGAGGCCAACAUAAAGUGUAAUUUGAACUGUAAUACUAUGAAAGUCAUUCCAUCUAAACUUCUGGCACUGGAAGUAAAUUGUGGAAACUGUGGGCCAUUUGGAGUAGUCAUAACAGCACAUUUAUGGAAACUAUCGAAACAGACGGAUCUCAUAUCGAUGAAGAUACUGCCAUUGUCAGACUUGGUGUCCAAACUAGCUAGUAAACAUCAAAGUAAGUGUAAUAUGUGCCUUCUGUAUGAGUGUGGACAGCUAGCUAGGAAACAUCAAACGAGUGAGUUUGAGGACAGGGAAGAUAGUGAAGUAAUCUCUUCCUUGCACGACGAACUGUUGAAGGGUGAACUGUCACCAGGCUCUGUGGAAAACAAUGACCAUCUCACCGGGAUCAGCAGAAAGCUGCAUGAAACGAAACUGACACUGACUGAAAGAACUAGUGAACUAUGGCUUCAGUAUAUGUCUAUGUUUGAUAUAAUAAAAUGCUUCCUGGAGGCUGGUUCCUUCACCGGUAUGCUGCAUUUUGUGACCCUACUGUAG